UCAGCACUAGUUUGCGCAUAAAACUAUGGGGCUACAGCAUGGACAGCUCUGAAUAGGUGUAGUGGGAAAAAGGGGCACCUGUGGCUGAGAGCACAGCUGUACCCAUUGAAAUCUCCAGGUCUUCAUCCUCCCAUCCCUUGAACACUUGUUGAUGUCUCCCAAACCACAACAUCCUUUGAGGUUGGGGCCUGUCAAUCCCAAGCCGGAUAGCCUUCAAAUAGAGCUGGCAAGGUUUACCUCAGGCCCACCCAUCUGUGGUCAGCCAGGGGUAUGCCCCUCCCCUCAGGGGCCAGGAAGCUCAGAGGGUAUAAAUGAUGCCCUGGAAAAGGGUGUAAAGAGACAGGACUGGUGUGGACUGAACUGAACUUGACCUGCUGGACAGAACUGCAUCAUGAAGAUAGUCCUACUUCUCUCCUUGCUGACCCUGGUCACCCUCUGCCUCUGCAAGCAAGAUGCUCAAGCGGGUCCCCAAGACUCUGGCAAAAGAACAGCCUUUGCCUCCAGGCGUGAGAGCAGUGAGCUGGUGAGAAGACCUAAGCGCUACCUGUACAACUGGCACGGGCUUCCUGCUCCCUACCUUGACCCCCUGGAGCAGAAACGGGAGGUGUGUGAGCUUAACCCUGACUGUGAUGAGCUAGCUGACCACAUUGGCUUCAGUGAGGCAUAUCGGCGAUUCUACGGGACAGCCUAGAGCCCGUGACACCUAUUCCCUCCCUCCGAUGUGCCCCCCAUGCUGCCUGGAGGUCCUGGCUCCACCCUUCAUUCGGAAACGCCUGGCCCACUUCUUCAGCCUCAAGCUACACAGCUGUUCCUCCAUUAGCAUACCCAGUACAUGGCCCACUCCAAAGUUCCUACCUUCUGGCUUUUUCAGAAAUAAACACGAGGGGAGGAGGAA